AUGCCGUCAAUUCGCUUUGACACCUUCUGGACGUGGAUCGCCAUUAUCUGCUUCCUAGCUUUACAAGCCUCAGCUCAAUUGGACCUCCCGGGGAGGCCGGACUCUCAAGUCAUUCUUGAAGUUGUCGUAGACGAAUGCCGGUCGAGCUGUAGUGCAAUCAGCGAAACACUGGGAGAUUGCUCGAACGUACAGUGCCUUUGCACUGAGGACAACAACGAAGACCUCUUCGAGUGCUUGAGCUGCUUGUAUGGGGAGGGACCAAUAGAAGAUAUUUACGAUGCCGUUCAACAAACUCUCGAUGACUUCGCAAUUACUUGCGAAGAAUAUGACAUCGAGCCUCUGAUCAUGCCGUCCGAUCCUCCUUCAACCUCCACGCCGUCAAGUUCUACUAGUCCACCUGCCUCGAGCUCGAGCGCCAGUGCCUCCGAGCCCUCAUCUGCUCCUACUUCCACAGCCACGACCCCACGAAACACAAGCCCUACGUCGGAGACGGUACCACGGCAGACUCAGAAAUGCCUGGUGGUUCGUCCCCACCAACGGGUCCUUUCGAAGAGGUCUCCCAAGCUUCGUCAUGCUCUCUCCCAUGCGAUGGCUGCGUUGAGAGAACGCCGAUAA